UACAAAGUCUACAACCUACAACAUUUGUUUCCUUAGUAAUUUCGAGUUCCGCAUGGAAGUUUGCGGCUUUCACAUUAUUUGUUCGUUCGAAAGAAUUUUGACUUUUAACGUGUUCGGAACCUUUUAAAAACAAUUUAGUUUUUUAUGAAACAAUGUAUUGAACAUUAAAAUCAUUCACAGUUGUAAAAUUAAAUCAAAUUAUAAAUAAAUAGAACCCAAUUUCUAGUGGAGACAGGUUUUUUUUUAAAAUUUCGGUAAGGAAUAACUAUUUCUUUUUGUUACUACAUUUAGACAUUGUUACAUUGUGAGCUUUUUGUUUCUAAGAAAUGGCUAAGUGGGGUGAAGGAGAUCCAAGAUGGAUCGUUGAAGAAAGGCCUGAUGCCACCAAUGUAAAUAACUGGCACUGGACGGAGAAAAAUGCCUGUGCUUGGUCCCAAGAAAAAAUAAAGGAAUUAUUUAUUAAUAUGAAGAUGGAAGGAGAUAAUGUUUCCUGUAUAGUAAAUGAAAUAGAAAAGUGUGAAGGUGAGGCAAUGGCAAAUAAUCGAAAAGGUAAAUUAAUUUUCUUCUAUGAAUGGAAUAUUGUAUUGAAGUGGGUAUCCAACAAAAAAUCUGAUAAGAAGAUUGGGGGUAAAAUAAACAUUCCAAAUCUUUCUGAGGAAAAUGAUAUUUCUGAAGUAGAUAUUGAAAUUACUCUAGAAGAUAGCACAGAUGAAGGUGAAGCAGUAAAACAUUUCCUGCAUACGAAAGGAAAAGAAUUUAUUAGGGAGAAAUUGAAAAAAUAUGUUUCCUCUUUAAAAGAAGAAUUUGCAGCUGGUAUGAUUUUACCAAAAAAAGAUAAUGUGAAAGAAAAUAUCAUGAAUAUCACAUCUGGGUUCAAUGCAAAAAUGCAAAUGAAUUCUAGUGUAGUUUCAUCGAAUAAUAAAAAAGAAUUAGGAUGUAAAAUUUCGACAACAACAAUUAAACAACAACAGAAGUUUCAAUGUAGGGCCGAAGAAUUUUACAACGUGUUUACGACAAUAGAGAUGGUUCAGGCAUUUACAAAGGGACCGGUAAAACUUGAACCGAAGAAGGGAGGCAAAUUUGAAUUAUUUGGUGGUAACAUACAUGGUGAUUUUACGGACAUAACACCUGCGAAAAUCGUUCAAAAGUGGCGUUGCAAACAAUGGCCUGAUGGUCAUUAUAGUGAUGUUACUAUUGAUAUCUGUGAAAAGAAUGACCAUACUGAAGUUAGUUUGACACAAGUAGGAGUACCAAUUAGUGAGGAAGAAUCUACAAAAGAAAAUUGGGAAAGGUAUUACUGGGACGCUAUAAAACGUACAUUUGGAUUCGGUUAUUUUAUGUGAUCUAUGUAUGCUUUAUAUUUUGCUUGCUUAUUGAUAAGUAGAAAAAUAAUUAAAAUAUGUAUUGUCGUAAAUCGCCUCGCAUACCAUUUACGAACUAGCCGCAUAAUAAUCAGCCACGUACAAAGUGUUCUUUUUCUCAAUGCUAGUUACAAUUUUUCUUUUCCUACCAUUUCUAUUUAGUACGUUGUAUUGUAUGAGCCGGACAAAUGAUGUUGAUUAAAUAUAAAUAAAGUAUCAUCAGCAUGACACAUCUGUAUUAAUAGUUGUAUAUGUCAAAUAAAUCAUGUCAGAUACUUAAA